GCCCGCAGUUUUUGAGUUAUUUUGAUUUGAGUUGCCGUCGGCUUCGGUUGCGUUGCGGAUUCGCUUAAAAACAAAACCCCUAAAAAAAUAUAUUUUCCAGCGGGAAAAUUCUAAUUAAAAAUGCCAAGUGAAUGGCUCAAUAUAUAAGCGUGCGCGUGUGUGUGUGUGUGUGUGCAUUUAACGUUUAAUCUUUAAUGGUGCAACCUGUUUUUUGUAUUUUUUGGCAAUUGUUGAGCCUCUGAGAGAAGACGCAGGUGUACCCAUAACAAGUUCAAAUUUUAGACAAGUGCUUGUUAGUGUUAGUGUCUGUAUGUGUAUGUGUGAAAAACGCGUUUGCGGAAAAUGGAAAGUGUCCAGACACUGAUCGUCAUUGAAUGAAUGACCAUCAUAAUGAUGAUCGAUCUCUCCCACUCGUUGACUUGUUUUUUGCAAACAACUUGGAAAAAGCUCAAUGACAAAUGAAUUAUAGUGCAAAAAAAAAAGACGGAAAACGAAUAACUCGCCGCUAAACGAAAACAAAACCAAAAACUGAAGAAAAAGAAAUACAAUAUUUUUUUGUUGUAUAAACAAUUAAAGUUAAAUGCAAUAUGGAUGGACAACAAGCGGCAAAUUUUGUUAGUGUUUAAACUUUUAGUGAAACAAAAGUGAAUAAAUAAUGCCAAUAAUAACAGCAACAACAUCUGGUGGAGGAGGUGGAGCAGCAACAGCAGGAGGUGUGGGCCUUGGUUUGGUAGGAGGUGGAACUAGAGGUUUGUCUAUGGCCAAGACACCGACUCCAACUACUUCAAUUGCCAGUGAUUAUCUAAUGCAGCAGCAACAACAGUUUCACAGUCAUUUCUAUCAACAACAACAUCAGCAGCAGCAGCAGCAAUUGCCGCAACAACAACAACAGCAACAGUUGGCGCCAAUAAAUGCCGCUUCCCACCAGCAUCCACAUCCUGUUGGUGGUGGUGGUGGUGUUGCGAGUUCUGCGGCAGUUGCCACUUCAACCAGUUUUGCAACAUUUAACGGAAACACGAAUCUAAAUUCUAACCUUGCCAACGGAAGUAGCAAAAAAUUCAAUUCCAACAACGAUGUUAAUCAUCAUCAUCACGAUGUAGUAAAUGUGGAUGAUGAUGAUGACGACGAUGAUGAAAAUGUGGAUAAUAUUGUUGAUUCUGGUGCCGAUGUGGCCGGUAACGGUAUGGGCAAGUUAAUAUUAGCGCCACCACCGGCACCACCGCCAGCAAUCAAGAAAUCCCAGGAAGAUCUAGCCUCCCUCACUGGCACAACAUCCUCCCUCAAUAGUCAAAUGUCGGUGCAUAAUCAAUUUAUCAAUCCCAUAGUCAAUGGUGGUGGUGUUGGUCCUCCUCCAGCGAAUGGAGCACGGAAUGGGGGCCCACAAGGACAACAACAUCAUCCCAGUAGCAUAUUGAAAGGAAGCAAAGAGAAUCUCCUACAGCAUAGUUCCCCCUAUCUAUACAAUGGCGAAGGAAUUGGAGGCGAUGGCAGCCUGAGCAGUGAUUGUGGCGUUGGUGGUGGUGGUGGCAUGGCAGGACACGAGGAUAUAGCUGAUGGCUUGGGACCAUUGCCACCCAAAUGGGAGACAGCCUAUACAGAGCGUGGGGAAUUGUAUUUCAUAGAUCACAAUACAGGCACCUCGCAUUGGUUAGAUCCUCGUCUAUCGAAGUACCAGAAGAAAUCUCUAGAGGAUUGCUGUGAGGAUGAGUUACCAUAUGGUUGGGAGAAAAUUGAGGAUUCCAUGUAUGGAAUGUAUUUCAUCGAUCAUGUGAAUCGUCGGACACAAUAUGAGAAUCCUGUGCUGGAGGCUAAGCGUAGAGCAGCUGAGCAACGUCAGCAGCUGCAGCAGCAGCAACAACAACAACAGCAGCAGCUCCAGCAACAACAACAACAGCAACUUCAGCAGGAGCAGCAACAACGUUCCAAAACUCCCAUAAUGACAAACAUAGAGACACCAUCGGAUUUGCCUCCACCUGCCAAGUUACCCUACAAGUUCACACGUAAUCCUGCAGAGCUUCAAGGACAACGCAUCAACACAACGCUAAUGAAGUCCACACGUGGCCUAGGAUUCACCAUAGUGGGCAGUGAUGGCUUAGCUGGCGGCGAUGUGGAAGAGUUUCUACAAAUCAAGACAGUUGUACCCAAUGGACCCGCCUGGCUAGAUGGCCAACUUCAGACGGGCGACGUGCUAGUCUAUGUGAAUGAUACCUGUGUCCUGGGCUAUACCCAUCACGAUAUGGUGCAGAUAUUCCAAUCGAUUAUGCCCGGCGAGCAAGCAGCCCUCGAAGUUUGUCGUGGUUAUCCACUACCCUUUGAUCCCAACGAUCCCAACACGGAAGUGGUCACCACAAUGGCCGUGGAUAGUAGCUCGGCGGGAGUCGAGAAGCAACGUCGCCUCAAUAUGGAUGGCAAUUAUAAUUUUCUCGAUCUCUCCGGCGAGGCGGCAGCAGGUGGUAGUGGCUUUAUUCUAAUGAAAAAACCAGAACUCUAUACUUUCUCCAUAAUGAAGGGUUCAAUGGGUUUUGGUUUCACCAUAGCCGAUUCCGCUUGUGGACAGAUUGUUAAGAAAAUUUUAGAUCGCAAUUGUUGCACUCAAUUGGUUGAGGGCGAUGUCAUUUUAGAGAUCAAUGGCAUUAAUGUGCGAAAUAAACCACAUUUCUAUGUGGUUGAAUUGCUUAAAGAAUGUAGUCAAACCACGCCCACUAGCUUGAAGAUCCAACGUACGCCUCCCGAGCCAGAGACGAGUGCGGCAACAUUGGGCAACGUGGCCAAAUUGCGUAAGAAUUUUGUGGGAAACUCUGGACUAUUUCGUAGUAAAACGCCCACAGCUGAUCUAUAUAGUACACAGGUCAAAGAGGUAUUGCCCAUGCGCCCAAAGACGCCUCUAGUGGACACUAGAAGGGCCCGGGUACAAACUCCCAGCAAUGAAUUGGAAUUGGCGGAUACCAAGCAGCAGCAGCAAUCGAAAUCGAAUAAUAGUUUGCAUGGCUUGGAUGAUAUACCGCCCUUUAUGGAUCCCUAUCCCAAAAUGGUUAGUCGACUGAGUGAACGUCUCGCGGAGGCUUCUCUGGAUAAUGGGGGAGGAGGAGCGAAUGGUGGCGGGGGUAUUUAUGGUCUACCACCCAGCAUGCAACCUUUGCCAUUGCCUUUGGCCCAUCAUGAGUCUUGUUAUUGCUACGAUUGCCAGGCUCAGCGUUAUCGUCCUGGUGGCGGAUACUAUGUCCAACCGCAGGGUCAAUAUUCACCCUUGCAGGCGGCUGCCCACAUACAGAACGAACGCAUGCAGCGACGGGUCAAUGAACUGUUAAGUGAUCGUCGGCGUGUGGGAUUUGCCAAUCUAGAUCCACCACAGCAGCAGCUGCAACAGCAGCAACACUCACCCAAUUGGCGUAAUGGAGGGCUACUCGAUGCCUCCGAAGAUGCCGAUCAGUGUGAGUUGACUGAGGUCACACUGGACCGUCAGGCUCUGGGUUUUGGCUUUCGCAUUGUCGGCGGCACUGAAGAGGGCUCCCAGGUCACAGUAGGACACAUUGUUCCGGGUGGAGCAGCAGAUCAAGAUCAACGUAUAGCCACAGGAGAUGAAAUUCUAAGCAUAGAUGGCAUCAAUGUGUUGAACUCUUCACAUCACAAGGUUGUCUCUUUGGUGGGUGAAUCGGCUUUGCGGGGUCAGGUAACUAUGAUCUUGCGACGACGACGUAUUCCCCUAGCUCCACCUCCACCAUUGGCGGCUCAAAUGCGUCGUUAUCCCUACGAUGUUAUUGUGAGUCGUCAUGAGAAUGAGGGCUUUGGUUUUGUCAUCAUAUCAUCUUCAAAUCAUUACUAUGGUUCCACUAUAGGCAAACUAAUACCCUCCAGUCCGGCAGAUCGUUGCGGUGAACUAAAAGUGGGUGAUCGCAUAAUUGCAGUCAAUCGCAUCGAUAUUGCUGGCAUGUCACACGGCGAUGUUGUGAAUCUCAUCAAGGAAUCUGGAUUGCAUGUACGUCUUACCAUUGGUGUGCCCCUCAAAGAAGGUGGGCCCAGUCCUAGUCCUGGUGGUAGUAGUGCAGGAUUGGGCACACCCUUGGGUCAGGCAUCUCCAAGUAUGCUCAAGACUCCGUCGACACAUCAUUUGCAGCAGCAACAAUUGGAAAUGCCUUUGGCCAUGCCAAUCUCUGGUCAUGGCAACUAUUUGGAACGUUCUAGUAAUAAUAUAUCUGCCACUCUGGCCUUGCAUCAGCAACAGCCGCAAUUAUGACUCUGAGAUCUGCGCAUUAGGCUCUACAAGAGCUUUCUCUAGUAGUAGAAGAAAAAUACAUAGCAUAAAUUUAUAAGUUAGGUAAAUCUUGCUUGCCUAGUUUUUAAUUGUAAUCUUCUAAGUUACCCCAAAGACUGAAUUUUGUAAGUUUCCUACAAAUAAACCCAUUUUAAUGUACGAAUCUCUUCCCCCCGAAACGAGAUUUUUAUCAUAUCAGUACCAGUUUUUACCUUUGCCUUUUAAGCAGUUUUUUUUUCUUGUAAUUGUACAAAUGUAAAGGACUUCAAUAUUAUUAUUUUGCGUUAAUAGCAUGUUAUGAAUCUAUAUUAGCUAUAAGGAAAUUAAAUCAUUUACAUAAUAAA